GAAAGUUACUUGACUGACGAAACUUUGCUGAAAAUGGCUCCGAAGACUAGUGGAAAGGCUGCCAAGAAGGCUGGAAAGGCCCAGAAGAACAUCUCGAAGACGGACAAGAAGAAGAAGCGCAAGCGUAAGGAGAGCUAUGCCAUCUACAUCUACAAAGUGCUGAAGCAGGUCCAUCCUGACACUGGCAUCAGCAGCAAAGCCAUGAGCAUCAUGAACAGCUUCGUGAAUGACAUCUUCGAGCGCAUUGCUGCAGAGGCUUCUCGUCUGGCCCAUUACAAUAAGCGCUCCACCAUCACGAGUCGCGAGAUCCAAACUGCUGUGCGUCUCCUGCUGCCCGGAGAAUUGGCCAAGCACGCCGUGAGUGAAGGCACCAAAGCCGUCACCAAGUACACCAGCUCCAAGUAAAUCGACGCCUGUCCAUGGAUCAUUCUCCAAAACCCACAAAAUGGCCCUUUUGAGGGCCCACAAAUGCAUUUCAUAAAGAGUUUUUGAUCAUUCUUCAAUGACUGGAAAAUAAAAUGAUCUCUUGCUUCGGCAUUUUCUAGAAAUAUACAUUUUAAAGACAGAAAUAUGCAGCACAACAAAAUGGCGAUACGGUUUUAGUGCCAUUUUCAAUUUUAUCACUAUAAAGUUAUAUGAUUCCUUUUAUAAAGUAACUGCUUUUCAAUUACAUAUGCAAACUAUUGAGAAUAAAAUCGCUUUAAUAUUGUA